GGCCGAAGAUGAGGGAGUCCAAAUUCGCACCAGGAGAACCGGAACAUAAUUCGUAGUUGAAAGACUUAGCAACUUUUCGACUCUGUUAAAAAUUCUUCGCAGUCAUCUCUGUCUCUAAACGACGGCAAUAUCUACGUACGUUCACGCCAUCACCGAUAACAAACACCACCAUCCAGGCUCAGCUGAUUCAUCCCCAACCUCCUCAAAUUCUCGCAAAUAAUCUUACUUGACAUAAACAUUCAGACAAGAAAAAAUCAAUGGGGAAAUCAAAGGGUGAAAGUGCCAGGACCAAAACUCGUGCUUCCAGCAGCAGUCUUGCUGCAUCAUUAGUGCCAGCUGGUGCAGUUCCAGUUGGGUUUGGAGGUUAUGUGGGCAGUGCGCGAGUUGAUUCUGCUCUUCAUGGUGAUGAAUCCACUUCUUUCACGGGCAUUGAUGGAGAGAUGUUACAAUACUUGAAAAGGCUUGCUAGAAAGGAUCCUAUAACCAAGCUCAAAGCUUUAAAUUCUUUGUCAGCAUUACUGAAGGACAAGUCUGGGAAGGAUGUUUUACCAAUAAUUCCCCAAUGGGGUUUUGAAUAUCGAAGGCUUUUGAUGGACUAUAAUCGAGAAGUUCGUAGAGCAACUCAUCACACGAUGACAAGCCUUGUUGCUGCUGCUGGACGAGAAUUGGCUUUUCAUCUUAAGCAUUUGAUGGGACCAUGGUGGUUUGCUCAGUUUGAUUCGGUUUCUGAAGUUUCUCAAGCUGCUAAAAAUUCACUAGAGGCUGCCUUUCCAACCCAAGAAAAAAAGCUAGAUGCCCUGAUAUUUUGUGCAUCAGAGGUGUUUGAGUAUUUGGAAGAAAAUCUAAAGCUAACACAGAAGAGUAUGGCUGAUCUUGCUGCUGCUUCAGAUGAGCUAACGGAAAUGCACCAAAGGGUUAUUUCAUCAUCACUAUUGGCUCUUGCUACACUGCUUGAUGUGUUAAUUGGUGCGAAACAAGAGAGCACAGCUGUUGACUGCUCAAAGACUCUAUCAACAAAGGUCUUAAAAGUUCGUGAAAUGGCUAUUUCUUCUGCCAAGGCUUUGUUCUUAUCUCAUCACUUUUUCAUAGACUUUCUCAAAUCUCAGAGCUCUGUUGUUCGAUCAGCUACUUAUGCAGUGCUCAGAAGUUUCAUCAAAAACGUUUGUGAUGUUUUUAGAGAAGAAGAUGUGAAAGCUCUUUCUACUGUGGUACUUGGUGCUUUCCAAGAAAAGGAUCCAUCUUGUCAUACAGCAUUGUGGGAAACAUUUUUGCUAUUUAUAGCAAGGUUUCCUGGAAGUUGGUCAUAUAUAAAUUUUCAGAAAACAUUUUUAAAUCGCUUUUGGCAGUUCUUGAAAAAUGGUUGCUUUGGUUCACAGCAAACAUCAUAUCCUGCUUUGGUCCUGCUCUUAGAUGCUUUGCCCCCAGAAGUUAUUGGUGGUCUGAAGUACUUUGUCGACCUUUUCCAGAAUCUUUGGGCAGGAAGGAACGCCUCCCAUCCUAGUAAUGCCGAUCGUUCGGCAUUCUUUGUGGCCUUUAAAGAAUGUUUUCUUUGGGUUUUGCGUAAUUGUGGAAGAUAUUGUAAUGGAGAAGAUGCAAUUUACAAUUUCCGCAAAUCUCUUAUUGACAAUGUCCUUGUGAAGCUUUUGUGGCAUGGUUUCCUGUCUUACUCUGAGGCAAGGCAUGAAUUCAUCAGCCAUGCCAAUAAUAAUGGAGAUGUGUUUGACGGAAGUCCACAAGAGAUAAAACAAGGGCAAGUGAAUGACAUUGGACACUGCAUCAUUGCUGUUCUUUCUGCAAUAUACUCUUUGGAUCGCGAACUUCUCACUCCAUUUUGUGAAGCAUUUCAGAGCUGCUGUCUGGAAAUAUUACAGCAAGCUGAUCAUAUACCGGAUGCUUCUCAGAAUAUAAGACAAGCAAUAAAGUUUUUAGUGCUGGUGGAGACGUAUACAGAUCUGAAAUCUGAAUUCUGGCCUUUGGAUUAUCUAGUUGGACCCAUAUUGGAAAGUUCUCUUCCUUUAAUUAUAUCCAAGGACUUGCCUGAGGUGAUCAAAUUUUUAUCUGUUGUGGUAUCUAUUUUUGGACCGCGAAAAAUAGUAUUGAGACUCAUUCCGACCAAGGGAAUGACAGAUGGUGACGCUGCUGGUGAGGUCGAUGGAGAAGUUAGUGAGUUUCUGAAGGGUUUUGAAGAAACAUUUGUCCCGUGGUGUUUCAGUGGAAGUGAGAUGUCCAUGAAUGUUCGCUUGGAUCUGCUGCUAGCACUGCUGGAUGUUGAAUGUUUCAAUAAGCAGUGGGACAUCAUCAUCUCAUAUGCUGCCAGCAUGUACCAUUCUGGCACAUGUUAUGCUGUGAGAUUUACAACUCUCAUAGAGAAAGCUGGGAACUUGACAAAGAGUAAGUCAACACUUAGGGAUAAUGAACUCUCUGGAAUGGCAUGCUGGAAACAUGAACUGUUAGAUUCCCUAGCUCUUUCCAUUAUGCGGAGUGCUCUUGUUGAUGAUUCUGACUUGCAAUUCAUACGAGCUGUACUUGGAGAUGAUGCAGAAGUCGAUGAUACAUCUUUUCUGUCAAAGAGUACUGUCAUCCAAAUCUACAAACUAGCAUUUGAAAUGCUUGUUGCUUUUGUUUUGGAGUCUCCUUUUGCUUGCAUCAGGAAUUUCGGUUCGUUAGCAUGUUCUCUCGUGAAGUCUACUAUACCAGAUAAUAAAAAUUCUGCAGAAGUGGAGAGGAUGGCUAACGUUUCUCUUCAAAUUUUCAGCCGUACCCUUUCUAGCUUUAAAACAUAUUGUGCUGAAAGUGAUUUGCUUCUUGGUAUUGGAGGGAUCACUUUUAUAAUUGAUUGGGAAUACAGUUUGUUAAGAGCAUCAGAUGUUAAGUCCAGUGGUACUUCAUUGGGAAGUUUCAUGUCCCGGUUAGAGUUUGGCAAAGCAAUGCAUGCUUUCCAUACUAGUAUGUGCAAACAAUUUUGGCAAAGUCUUCUGCCACAUGUUCGUUUGACACUAGGAAGUAUUCUUGCACAAUUUAUUAGGUCUGCCAUUUUUGGACAGGAUGCGUUAGAUGCUGUCAUGAUCACAUCUCUUUGCUGUGAGUGGACAAUUGAGGUUUGCCAGCAUCUCUGUGUAAAUCCACUAGAGGAGCAAAAGUUAAUGAAUGUGCUUAUAAGGAUUGAUGAUUUAUGGCCUUUGUGGAUCACUCUUGAUAGCUGUAAUAGUCAGAGAAAAUAUAUGGUAAAAGUUGAGCAAGCCUUUAGCGAUGAACAUAUAUAUCGAAGCCAGAUGUUUGUUGCACUAAUUGACAAGCUUAUAUCUAAAAUGGGCAUCAAGAGAGUGGUAGUUGGCUCUGACUUACUAGCUUUAGCUGCAGUAGAGAAAGCAAACAACGAGCUUAUUGCAUCUCUGUCUAUUUUGUCACGAGCUUGGAUUGUGGCUGAAAUGCUUUGCACUUGGAUGUGGUGUAGUGGUAGUGCUUUAGGAACUCUUUUGCCUUCUUUGAGUUUGUAUGCUAAAGGGGAAAGUGGUGGUAGCCUAAUUUGCUUAUUUGACUCGAUCAUAAACGUUUUGCUUGAGGGCUCUCUUGUAUGUGGAACAAAAAGUCAGUUGAUUUUCAUCAAUACGUGGCCACCUUCAAAUAAAGAUCUCGAUGAUAUCAAAGAACCUUUCUUGAGAGCCCUGGUGUCGUUACUUUGUACCCUACUGUAUGAAGGAAUAUGGAAACGAGAAAAAGCUAUUGGACUAUGGGAGUUGCUGUUAGACAAGCUCUAUAUAGGUCAAGAAACAGACAUGAAUUGUUUGAAGAUUCUUCCACCUCUUGCUUCUGUUCUCGCACACUUUUUGUGCCAUAAUAAAAGAUCCUGUGACUCGGCUACAGAUUCCUUGCCUGAUAAUUUUAGAGAAAGUAUUGUUCAGAACUGGCUUGAAAAGAUUCUUACGUUCCCACCCUUGAUAUCAUGGACAUCUGGUGAAGACAUGGAGGAGUGGUUUCAGUUGGCUUUGUCGUGCUAUCCCUUAAGCAGAGCAAUGGAUGUUGGACAUCUGAAAUUGGAUCUAAGUUCAUCGGAGCAGAGACUAUUACUUGAUGUUCUCCGUAAGCAAAGGCAUGAUGUUAGCUCAAUCAGUGUCAUUAAUAAGCUACCAGUUGUAUCGUUGUUGCUAUCACGCUUGAUUGCAAUUUCUGUAGUCUACUGCUGGGAAGAAUUUGAUGAAGAAGACUGGGAAUUUAUAUUAUCUCACUUGAGGUGCUGGAUUGAGGUACUGGUUACAAUGAUGGAGGAGGCUGCUGAGUGCUUCGAUCCUGAAAUCGAAAAUGGAUCUAGUGAUAACUUGGAUCUUGUUAUUAGCAAGCUUGAGCAGACCAUGUUGAAUCUGGAUUCUUCCCUAGUGAAUACUGCUACUAAUGCCCUUUAUGCUUUUUCAUGUAUCAUGGAGCUUGUUGGAUGUUGUUUGUCGGAGGAAGCUGAGAAAUUAAAUAUCCCAAGGACAGAAGUUUGCCAUCAUACAAUUGAUUUGGUCCAGGAGGGUGUUCUGCGAUUAGUUUUCUCAGUUGGUGUUACAGAAGCUACUUCAAGUUUGCUUUCAUGUGAGGGUUUGUCUAUUAUAGCAAAAAGCCAUCAUGUUUAUCCUCAGUUUUGGAACUUGGUAUCUUCAAUUGCUGUGAAGUCUUCAACACACUCAAGAGAACAAGCCUUUAAGGCAGUUGAGCUCUGGGGAUUAAGGACAGGUGCUAUAAAUUCUUUGAUGGCCAUUGUAUUUUCCUCUAAACCAGUCUCCGCCUUGCAGUUUGCCUGUUUUAUUCUCCUUUCAAGUCAGCCAUUCUCUAGUAGGGCCAUAAUGGAGGAUGAUAUUUCAGAUUCAUUGACUGCAAGCUCUUCUGUUGAUGUUGGAUCCCAGGAUCUUGUUAUGGCUUCCGAGAACUACCUUCCUCUGAGGGAGGAGAUACAUAACCUGAUUCACAAAUUACCACUUGAACUGCUAGAUAUGGAUCUGGAAGCACAGGACAGGGUUCAUGUUUUUCUUGCUUGGUGUCUAGUUCUUUGCUAUCUUGUAUCUCUACCUUCAUCUUCCUCCAGUAGGGAGAAAUUAGUUCAACAAAUACAGGAGUCUGCCUCUUCAGCAAUAUUGGACUGUCUUUUCCAGCAUAUCCCCUUUGAACUUUGCACAGCACAUGGUUUGAAAAAGAAAAACUUGGAAACCCCACCUGAGCUGACGAAUAUUGCAAAUGCUGCCACGCGUGCUAUCAGUUCAGGUUCUAUACUCUUUGCAGUAGAGGAUCUUUGGCCUAUUGGACCAGAGAAGAUGGCUUCUCUUGCUGCCGCAAUUUUUGGCUUGAUGCUUCGUGUUCUCCCUGCUUAUGUUCGGGUUUGGUUCAAUGAUAUACGUGAUCGUUCUAUGUCAUCUGCUAUUGAAUCUUUCACAAAAACAUGGUGUAGUCCGCAUUUGAUUGUAGAUGAAUUAUCUCAGAUAAAAAAAUCUGAUUUUGUAGAUGAGUGUUUUUCUGUUAGUGUAAGCAAAUCAGCCAAUGAAGUCAUUGCUACCUAUACCAAGGAUGAGACCAGUAUGGAUUUGGUCAUUCGCCUUCCUGUUUUCUACCCGCUAAGAUCUGUUGAUGUUGAGUGUACAAGGAGUCUUGGUAUUAGUGAAGUGAAACAAAGAAAAUGGUUAUUGUCAAUGAUGGCAUUUGUCCGCAAUCAGAAUGGUGCGGUAGCUGAGGCAAUACGAAUAUGGAAGAGCAACUUCGACAAGGAAUUUGAGGGAGUUGAAGAGUGCCCUAUCUGUUACAGUGUGAUUCAUACUACAAAUCACACCCUUCCUCGUCUUGCUUGCAAGACUUGCAAGCAUAAAUUCCAUGGCGCCUGCCUCUACAAAUGGUUUUCAACUUCUCAUAAAUCUACUUGUCCACUUUGUCAGUCACCGUUUUGAUCGAAAAAGCAAUAUUUUUGAUGGAGAUCAUUAUGCUGGUCGUUGGAUGUACUAUCAGCUUCUAUCAGUUCUACUGAACACAGUUGUGCACUUAAGUGAGCAUGCAGCGGUUGAAAUCUAUCAAAUCUCUUGAUUGAAGCUCGGAGGAAUGCCUCUUAUGUACAUAUGCCCCUAAUUCAUGAUUGACAAGCGCUCAGAACCUGAUGUUUAUGAGAUCAAUUUUAUGCAGGACAUUGAUGUAUCAGCUGCUGUUGGUGUAGCAUCACAAGUUGUCAACUGACUCCACAUAUUUAUCAUCAUGUCCCGUCUUUUACUCAAAGUUGAUGCAGUUUCUGGUGUGCACUCUUAGGCAUCUCCCUGUAUGCCAUCAUGUUAUAGCGGCUGAAUUGAAAUGAAUUCCCUACGCGAUAUCAAAAACGAAAGGUAGUGCAAUUCUUGCAGUUUUGGUUCAUUUUUCGGGGGUUGAUUUAGGAACAAUUUAGAAAGACGAUAAGAUCACCGAUAGAACUGUGGUCGUUGCUAACAGUGUCCAUAGGUUACUUGAUUUUACGACAUCUUUCUGUACGCGAAGCUGCCGUCUGAGUUCUGAUGUAAUUUUUAGCUCGCUGGUUCAUACGCACGCCGAAUCUAUAGCUGAAGCCUAAUAAUUUGUCUACAAUGUCGUAUUUAUUUGAUUGUUUCAGUGUUUGUAUAAAGUUUAUUAUGAGUUGUGCCCAAAUUAUGGAGCUUAGUAAUGGUGAAGAUCUAUAUAAGACAUGACAAUGGGCAAUAUCGUUACGGUAUGUUUGGUUGUUCGUACUAAAUGAUGAUAAUGAGAAUGAUUUAUUUUUAGUAUAAUUUUUAUGAAAUGAACUGUCAUUCUCAUGAUGACGGAACUUUAAUUAUUAAAAGUUUUGGGUUGGAAUGAAUUAAUGCAAGUCAAACUGAUAUACAACUUUCCUAAUAAAAAAUGUAGCAACUAAUUUGAGACAGAAUGAUAAUACUUGGGUAAUUUCACGUGUUAAUUUUAAAUUAUCGGUUUUUCCACAUGUUAGAUAAACAUAUUUUUUAAUUCCGUGGUGAUCUUAAGCUUCUAAAUUUUCUCCAUGAUAGACAAAAGAAAAGUGUUUUUGUUUACACUAUUGUUUUCGAACAUUAUGAAUUUUUUAAAAAAAUAUAGACGUCGUCAUCACCUAAGUGGCCGCAUAUGUCUUAAUCCAGUUGAAAUGAGUAUUUAAUUUAACC